AAUGUCAGAAGACACGUAAAUGUCACAUUGACAUUCUCCGGUCAAACUCCAGUCAAAAUUACACGCAUAUACCCAAAUGUCCGUCCUUUUACAUCGGCCUCUACGACCCGCACCCCGGAGACGUUGAAGCCGAAGAGGCGUUUGGUGUCAAAUUAUCAAAUUUGACUUUUAGAAUCCAUCUCCUAACACCUCACCAUUACUAAAUUACCCGUGAAGAAGUUGACGACAAAUCCCUUAGUAUUAAGUUAUGUAUCGGUGAACGAAACUGGCCGAUCUUGGUGAGAUGACCGAAUCGGAGGAAUCCGAGAAACUUACCAUUGGCGGUGGACGGCGUAUGAGCGUUCAGGCCAUGCAGUCGCUCUACGAGCUGCAGGAGAAUAAUCAGCUUUGCGACGCCACAAUUUUGCUGGAAGAUGGUACCAGCAUUCCGGUACAUAGGGCCAUAUUAUGCGCCUGCAGUACAUAUUUUAAGGCACUAUUUACAACUACAUUACAUGGAAAAAAUAAAACAAACGUUUUACUUCCCGGCGUUUCCUCCGAAAUGAUGCACGCCCUUCUCUCCUAUAUUUACCUAAGAAAACUGAACGUAAACGAAGAUAAUGUCUACAAAUUAUUAACAACAGCCGAUUAUUUGAGUAUCCUCGGAGUUUUAGAGAUAUGUUGCGAUUUCCUUGAAUACAAACUAAAUCCAACGAAUGCAAUAGGAAUUAUGUUAUUCGCGAGAUCGCACUUUUGUCGAAAACUGGCAGAAUCGGCUUGGAAAUAUAUAAUGCGUUUUUUCGUUCAAAUCGCAAGCCAAAGCAACGAAUUACUUGGCUUAAGUUUAAAUGAUUUACAAGAAAUUAUCAACGAUGACGAGUUAAACGUGAAAAGUGAAGAAACCGUUUGGGAAGUUAUUUUAAAAUGGAUUAACCACGAUCCGGAAGAUCGCAAAAAACACAUUGUUUCUCUUAUGAAAUGUAUCAGAUUAGGUUUAUUGGAUACGCAAUUUUUCUUAGAACACGUUAAAGAUCACCCAUAUGUAACGAGUUGCGAAGAGAGUAGACCCAUGAUAAUUGAAACAUUAAAAUUCUUAUAUGAUUUAGAAACGAUUUCUCAUCGCGACGGCGAAGUACCAACUCCAGAAAUAGCAAGACCAAGAGUUCCACACGAGGUUUUAUUCGCUAUUGGUGGAUGGAGCGGUGGUUCUCCAACAAAUUACAUGGAAACUUACGACACCCGAGCCGAUCGUUGGGUAAAAGUUGAAGAAGUCGAUCCUAUGGGACCCAGAGCUUAUCAUGGAACUGCCGUUGUCGACUUUAACAUUUACGUAAUCGGUGGAUUCGAUGGAAUGGACUAUUUCAAUUCUUGUAGGUGCUUUGAUGCCGUGAAUAAAAUUUGGAAGGAAGUUGCUCCGAUGCACGCAAGACGUUGUUAUGUUAGUACGGCUGUUUUAAACGAUCUCAUUUAUGCAAUGGGUGGAUAUGAUGGCCAUCAUCGACAGAAUACCGCUGAAAAGUAUAAUCCGAAAACAAAUCAAUGGAGUUUAAUUGCACCCAUGAAUAUGCAAAGGUCUGAUGCAAGUGCUUGUACACUUAAUGGAAAAAUUUAUAUAACAGGUGGUUUUAAUGGUCAAGAAUGCAUGCAUUCGGCAGAAGUAUACGACGCAGCAAUAAAUCAAUGGUCAUUAAUAAAUCCGAUGCGUUCCCGAAGAUCUGGAGUAUCUUGCAUAGCAUACCAUGGACAUAUAUACGUAGUGGGCGGUUUUAACGGUAUUUCGCGAAUGUGUAGCGGUGAAAAGUUCAAUCCGGCAACGAAUACUUGGUCGCAGAUUCCCGACAUGUACAACCCGAGAAGUAAUUUCGCGAUUGAAGUAAUCGACGAUAUGAUCUUUGUUAUUGGCGGUUUUAACGGGGUAACGACGAUUUACCACGUUGAAUGUUACGAUGAAAAAACGAACGAAUGGUACGAAGCGACCGACAUGAACAUCUACAGAUCGGCUUUAUCGGCUUGCGUAAUAAGCGGCCUACCGAAUGUGCGAGAUUACAUUCAUAAGCAUCGGGAGAAAUUGAUGGAGGAGAAGAGGCAGAAGAUGAUUGCUUUGGAAGCGCAGAGAGAGGCCGCUUUGAACAAUAACGACGCGCUUCAGGUGCAACAGGCCCAGGUACAAAAUGCGCAAAACUUACAGCAGCUAAAUAUGUUGCAGCAGCUAAAUGCCAAUUUGCACAACAAUAAUCCAGCGUUGCCGGCCAAUCCACAUCCGCAACCGAUGGACGUCGUCGAGGACGUCGAACCAGCUCAAGAUCAAUAAUAAAAAAUAAUUAAAUUAAUAAUAAAUAAAAAUAGUGCUUUUAAAAAUCUUCUUUCAAGGAAAAAGGCAUGAACACUUUAAUGAUUAGACUGAGUACUUAAAUAAAACGAUGCAAAAAUUAAAAAGGGAGAAAUGAAGGGGUUUGAAGAGUGAAAAAUCUUUGGGUGGUACCAAAAUUAAAACAUCUAAUAUAAGCUGGACGAAGAACUUUUUUGUUAAUGACACGUCGCUGUGGCGCAUUGAUUUCCCCUAUAUUGCUUAGUAUUAAGGAUUUUUAAAUAGAAAUUUAAAUAAUAAUAGCCACAAAUCAACCAAGCACCUUGUCUUUCAGCGGUUAUGUAUACAUUAAUAUAUAAUGUAAAUAUACACAUUUACUUUUACAUAAUGUAUAUGAAAUAGAAUAAAUAAAAGUUUAUUAUUGCCAUGUUUAA